AUGGCUGGCCAUCGAUUACUCCUCGUCCAUCUCUUCUUGCCCGACACGCUUCAUUUUCACCAAGAUGUCGAUGACGCCAGCUUCAACUUUACCGCCCAACAACCCCUCGAUGGCCCUGACCCAGCCAAGACGGAACCAGCCUCGCCCACGUCGCACCUGAACUCGGAACUCCUCCCGCUGCACGAGCUGGACAAGCGUCUUGCCAACUCGAACCAGUCCAACGUCGUCGCACCGGUCGUCACCGAGGAGCCCGACGAGGAUGAGAACGUGGCCGUCUCGGACAGCGAAGACGAGACUUUGGUCCCCGCCCAACGCACUAAAGCCGAGCGACGAGAGGGAACCGCGCCAAGGCCGAGGAGCACGAGAAGUAGCUUCUCGGAGCAAAACAAGAAAAUCAGCAUGAGCACCUUGAUGAACGAGGCAUCCCAGGGCUCUGCCUCCACGCAGAGAUCGUCGCCCUCAGAAAGGCACACGGGUUUGCCGCCGCUGCCGAUGCGAUCGAGGCGAGCCAGCCCCAGUGGGUCACAGAGACCACUCAUAGUCACUAGUUCGCCUCCUCAGGACUCUUCGCUCCCCGUGGCGGCAGCCUCGGAUCACGGCCGCGCUGCUCAGACUAGUGGAGGCACAAGCAGCCGGAGCCGACGAUCAAGCUUCAACGCUGCGUCAGGUCUCCAAAGUGCUACGUCCAUGAAGAUGACACCGGCGAACAACGCCAACCUGGCACUGCCGUCCUCUCAGCAGCAGCAGCAGCAGCAAGUCCAACAGCAACAGCAACAGCAACAGCAACAGCAUCAGCAACAGCAACAGCAACAACAACAACAACAACAACAACAACAACAACAACCACAACAACAACAACAGCAGCAGCAGCAGCCGCAGACGGUAAACAGAAACGAUAGCUCGGGCACCAGGACGCCUGGGGCGCACGCUGGUGGCAAGGCAGGCACCAUGACGCCUUUGAGCAUCAUCGGCGAUCUAGCGGCUAAGCAGUCUGCCAUUCAACCUGCACCCACGAGCACGCCCGGUGAUAGCGAGAGGCACAAUCCCUUUGGAUCAGGCGCCGUGACGCCGAUGCGAGGCGUGCAGACGCCUGGUCAAGGCUCGCGUACUCCAGCCAAGCCGUUCAUGCAGCACGUCAUCAACAAGGCACCGCCUGGCCUCAGCAUGACGAAGGCCAACGAUGUUCAGGAAGCGCGAGCCUCGAGGCUGCUGGGCCACGAGCCGAGGUCCACGCAUUCGCAUUCGGCGCCUAAAGGCUUGACCAGACCUGGUCCGGGUCCCAGCAAGCUGUCCAGCAUUCGUGGUGCCAGCGCUUCAGCAAGCGGAGGCCUCAUAGAUCAUGGCCGAGGUGCUACUGCUGCUGCUGCUGCUGCUGCUGCUCCUUCGGCGUCCUCUUCUGCGCAGCACGAAGAGAGACAGCCUCGAGACGCGACCCCAGCACUCAGCUCUUCGGACGGACCCGACGAGACGCGGGGCCAGAGCCGGUCGAGAAGACCGCUGUCGUCAUCACCACAGGCAGCAAGGCAGCAGCAGCAACAUGGGCGCAACACGUCCCAGGGUGCUGGACCACCCUCAGCGCAGAGCUCAGUCUAUUGGAACAAGAAUGCGAGAAAUCGAUCGCAAAGGGCCAGUCUAGGCCGGCGACCAUCCAAUAUUGGAUCAUCCCUCGAUUGGACACAGCAGCAGCAGCAGCAGCAUGACGAUCAGCAAAACCACGAAGAUGUUGUCGCUUUGCCGCCAUUCGACUUUGUUCCCAAUCCCUCGAGUAAUGGCGGUCUGGUCAAUGCUGUCAAUUCGCUUCCACGCGAUCGCAUGCGUGCAGGCAAAGUCUUCAUUGGCACCCCAGGCCUCUCUUACGACGAGUGGGCGGGCCCAGCCGAGCAGGCCUACAUAAGCGAUCGAUUCAUGGAGGAAAGAAGCAGCAGGCCUGUCUGGGUCGAUGAAGAGACGUUCGAAUUGGCCUAUAAUCACUUUGCCAAAAAGAUUCUCUGGCCUGUUUUUCACUACACACUCCCCAGCGAAAAGGAGCUCGAAUCGGAGCACGACAGCUUCCGACGGUACAAGGAGGUCAACAGGCUAUUUGCCGACGCCGUCGAGCGAGAAUAUCGGGCAGGUGACAUCAUCUGGAUCAACGAUUACCAUCUGCUCUUGCUACCCGAAAUGCUUCGCAGAAGGCUGCCCCACGCCACCAUCGGCUUCUUUUGCCACAUUGCCUUCCCCUCUUCGGAGCUCUUUCGCUGUCUUUCCGUUCGUCAUGAGAUUCUCCGCGGCAUGCUUGGUUCCGACCUCAUUGGGAUGCAGACGUUCGGAUUCGCCCGCCACUUUAGGCAAACGGUCACGCGCAUUCUGCAGAUGGGCGCUACGCCGAAGGGGGUUCAGCUGGACGGGCACGGCGGCUUUGUCACCGUGUCACCCUUUCCAAUUGGCAUCGACGUGCGCAGUCUCAAUCGUCGAAGGGCCGAGCCUGACGUGGCGGAGUGGGUCGAGAAGCUAAAGGAGAGAUAUGAGGGCAAGAAGAUCAUCGUGGGUAGGGACAAGCUUGAUUGGAUCAAGGGCGUCCGACAGAAGCUGCUGGCCUUUGAGCUCUUCCUCGAGGAGAAUCCCAGCUGGGUGGGCAAGGUGGUGCUGAUCCAGGUAGCCCUGGCCACGACAGAGGAAAAUGAGGAGGCGGCAGCGUCGACCGAGGUUGUUGCUCGCAUCAAUAAGACGUACUCUACCCUCACCUAUCAGCCCGUCGUCUUUCUCCACGUCCAGGACAUCACCUUUUCGCAGUACCUGGCUCUGCUGACGGUGGCCGAUGCAUUUCUUGCAACAAGUUUGAGGGAAGGGAUGGGCCUGACGGCGCAUGAGUGGGUCAUCUGCCAGGAGACCAAGCAUCGACCUUUGAUCCUCUCUGAGUUUACGGGAAGCUAUUCGGCAUUGCGCGCUGCAAUCGGGAUCAAUCCCUGGGCCAAGAAGCAAGUGGCGGCAGCCAUCCAUAAGGCUCUGACCAUGGAUGAUGACGAGGCAGCGCAACGUUGGGAAGACCUUCACAGACAGGUUGUCACUCAAACGGCCCCGCAUUGGGCUUCAAGCUUCUUAGGAAGGCUUGAACGCGCUCACAUCGACCAGGAGAGGCGCAAUCACGCCUUUAUUCCUCGGCUCGAAGUGGGCCAGCUGUCAUCCGAAUGGCGGGCCGCAAAGUCGCGACUGCUCUUCAUUGAUCUCGAAGAGACGCUCAUGGAGGAUGAUGCGGCGGCAAUUCAUGAGCAAGGGUUCCACGUACCGACAGACGUUUUGAACCUUUUGCAGCAGCUGUGCGCCGACGCAAAGAACCGCGUCUACCUGUCGAGCUCCCGAGGAGAGCAAGAUCUCGAGCAGAUCGCCGAAAAGGUGCCGAGGAUUGGCUUCCUUUCCGAGAGCGGUUGCCAAGUGUCGUAUGCGGGCGAGGGCGCGGAAUUAGGACCCAAGACGUGGACCAGUUUGGUCGCGGGUUCCAACCUGUCUUGGCGUGAACCAGUCAAGGAGCUUCUGUCCUACUUUACCGAGCGAACUCCCGGCUCCUGGCUCGAAGAUCGAGGCGCUUCCAUUCUCUGGCAGUUCUGGAGCACCAAGCUCGGCGAAGCCUCGAGUCAAGCGGCCCAAUGGGCCCGGAGACAGGCGAAUGAAGCCCUCAACCUCAUCUAUGACUCGCUUGGAGAACGCUACUCGCUCAGGAUCAUUCCCGGGCCUCAAUCUUUUCUCAUCAUGCCCAAAAACGUCUCGAGACAGACUGCGAUUCAGCACAUUGUCAGCCUCAGUGCCGUCGGGUCUCCGCUCAUGACGACACGGGGCAGUAGUAGUGGUGGUGCCGCAAGGGCCAGCGAUGAAAGCGCCGUGGCUACCCAGAAGCAUUCCCCUGAUGACGUCGGCACUGCCUCGAAUGCUGCGCCCCAACAUUCAUCAGCUCGAAUAGUGACGGUAGAGGCCACCAGGCCGAGGAGCAUCAGUGAAGCCCUCGGCUUGUCCCCCGCUCGUCCUGGCGCUGGCGGCGGCUCGAUUGAGGCAGGAAAAAACGCAGCAUCGUCCUACAGCUCUUCGAUUGGUGGACAAGACCUUCAUCCCUCGGGCAGGGGCUCGUUCGACUUUGUCAUCGCUAUUGGAAAGGACGAUGGCACAUUUGCAUUCGUCAAUGGCCUCGACCUUCCAUUUGCGCCCAUAACAUGCACUUGUUCGACCGAAGGUCAUAGGGGCAGCGAGGCUUCUUUCUACCUCGACGGCAUCAAUGAUGUCAAAAAUUCCCUCUCCGAACUCAUCGCUUUCAAGGGCCGGGACAUUAAGUGGGGAUCGCCCUUCAUGGCAGAUGUAUGA